AUGCCACAAUUUGAAAAGGCACAGUCGCCUGUAAACCCAGGGACUCAUCGGGAAUCGUCGAGAUCUUUUGAUGGUAUUGCGGGUAAUGGGAAUUCCGGAGGCCAGAUUCACAAUGAACUGACAGAUGCUCCAAAAUUACUCACAGCAUCAAAAGCAAGGUGUCGAAAGGCGACCAUGACACGCAUUGAGAAGUCAAAGGAUCCCUAUGAAUUGAGUGCAGAUGAAAAUGAAGCACCUGCUGCUGCAUUUGGCAGCUCAUUGGCUUCCUCCGCUACCACUGUAUCUAUUGGCAAAAAGCGUAAAUUCUUCUCAACUCAACGCGAGAGUUCUUCCAAACGCACUGCCCUCAUCGGAUUUGAACUUCUGCGUCAGAAACUUGCUGUCAAGUCGGGAGGUCGUCGUCGAGCUCUUUCGGCGGCCAAUCGAAUAUCCUCGUCCCGUGCACCACCUAUGAGUGAGAGUGAACGAGCGCGGAUCGCUGCGACCACCAUUUGGCUGCCAAUUCCAAAUCGGCAGUAUGCGUCGACGCCCAAUAGACAACACCCCCAUCGGUUGCAGCCGUCACCUCUUCCGCUUCCUUCACCAGACAGGAGGAGUGAAAUCCUCACUGGCAAUCCUGCUGUCCGACUAUCCAGCCUCUCAGCUUUAGCCUCUCCACUCGACUCCCGGACAGUACAAGCGGAUAUUGCUCCUUUGGAGAGUACCGCAGUGAUGCCUCGAGAAGGCAGUACUCAUGAUGCACUACCACUAGCAGAUAUAUCAAACAUUGCUCCUCGGCCGCCAUCUCUUUCGUUCGAUCGGGUAGGUGAUAGGGCCUAUGGCGAGACGCGUCGCAUUUCCUUCGCCCAACCACUCUCUCCAAUGCCCAAACGCUCGAGCGGUUCGCGGGCAGGUUCCAGCAAUCUUUCUACCUCUGGAUCAAAGGGACCUUCACGUCACUCCCAUAACGAAGAUGCCUCGAACUACGAGGAGUGGCUGGAGAAGUUCAACUUCCAAUUGAAGCCCUACGAGGAUUUCGACCUAACAGUCGAUUAA